AUGAAUUACUUUCCUAUAAGUGUUUUGCUUGGGGGGAAUAGAAAAGCUGUCUUGCAGAGAUUCAAAGGGAAUGGAGUUGUAAGUGUCUUGGAUUUCUUGAAGUAAAAAAGAUAGAAGUUCUAUGAAAAACUCAUUUCGCAGAAAAUGUUACCAAAUGAUGUUGAUGCACUGUUCAAUGAAAUAGAUUCAGAAAUAGCCACAAUAAGGGAAAUGGAAUAGAACAUUCUGAAUCAACUACACUAAAAUCCGCAACCAAAAUUAUACUAAUAUUUAGUCCUAGGUGAGUAUGAAUGUCUACCACUUAAUAAUAUCUCGCUUAUUCUAGGUGAUAUUGGAAGUGGCAAAACUUCCAUGAUGUUUUCAGCCAUUGAAAACUAUUUCUCUAAUUAGAUUAGCAAUUCGAAUGUGAUAUAUUAUGAUUGUUCAUGUACCUUGUCAGCUUAAAGAAUAUACAAAAUGAUUAAAAGUUCGAAUUCUGAGGCAGCAACCCUUGAUAUAUUAAGCAGAAUUUAAUAUAAGGCUGUUGAUUGUCUCAAAGACUUCGAGUAACUAAUCAAGAACAUACCUAGUAAGACUAUUAUUUUUAUUGAUGGAUUAAUGACCUUGUAUUACGAAAGUGAAAUAGAAAUCUAUAAUUUCUACCAUAUCAUUAAUGAACUAAUGAGAUAUUUUCAUGAAUUGACUGAGUCUUAACAAAACACUUUUGUAAUCUCAAUCAGAUCAGUCUAGGAUUAAUUGCAGUACAUACAAGCAACUAAAUAUGAUUAAUAUAUCAACACUUUCGCUAGUACUAUCAUCCAUUUGAUUUCUACGAAAUAAUCAAAAAUCAUGAAGAUUCAUAAAUCACUGAAUGACAGAUUGCCAUUUGAUAAAUCAAUUCUCUAUUAAAUCGGUGAGAAUGGAAUAGAGUGGUCAAAUAAAUGA